AUCCCUGCACUUCCGUUAAUGACACCGGCAGCGGAGUUGUUACAACUGAUUGUCAGCUUUUUUACAUUUCAGUAUUAACAUUUCUCAUUAUAUAUUUGAGAGGUUGUUUGGCGACGGGAAUUCAGUUUUAAUCUGUCGCUGCAGGUGCAGCAAGAGGCUUGAUUCCGAGUGUCGUUGAUUAUGGUGUAGAGGGAGCGUUUCUCUGAGACAGCAGAACCACAAGAUUACUUCUAUGUUGUAUGUGUGUACAACUGUGUGGUGGUGAGAAUAAAACUCUGGAUAUGGAACAUCUGCCUUGUUCUUGCCGGACAACCUGUAGUGAGUCAGAAAUGUAGUCAAUCAGCAUUAAGUCACUAGCAGAGAGAGCUUAGGGUAGCCAUGCUGACGUUGGCCAGUAAAUUGAAGAGGGACGAGGGGGUGAAGACUGGCAGGGCCCCUGGCGGCCCCUCCGACUCCUCUCACAGGGUCUCUAUCAGGGACCGGCUGCUCAUCAAAGAAGUUGCAGAACUUGAAGCCAACCUUCCUAGUACGUGUAAAGCCAGCUUCCCUGAUGAGAACAAGCUACAUCACUUUCAGCUGGCUGUCUCUCCAGAUGAAGGCUACUAUCAGAGUGGAAAAUUCCAGUUUGAAAUAAACGUCCCUGAAGCUUACAACAUGGUGCCUCCCAAAGUGAAAUGUCAGACCAGAAUAUGGCACCCCAACAUCGCUGAGACGGGGGAGAUCUGUUUGAGUUUGUUGCGGGAGCACUCUAUCGACGGCACUGGCUGGGCCCCUACGAGAACAUUAAAGGAUGUCGUCUGGGGAUUGAACUCCUUGUUUACUGAUCUACUGAACUUCGAUGACCCAUUGAACAUCGACGCGGCCGAGCAUCAUCUGCGCGAUAAGGAGGAUUUCCGUAAUAAGGUUCAAGAUUACAUCAAGCACUAUGCCAGAUGAUGACUGCGUCAGCUGCGCCGGCUGCCUGCAACCCCCCCUUUCUUCGACUGCGCAGCUGAACCCCGCCCCCCAACGUCUCGUCAACCAACCAACCGCUGCACAUUGCUGACACGCCCUGACUGCAAUACAAUGACGCUGAAAAAAAAAAAGAUUUACAAGAAAAAUUGUUUUUUAAAAGUUUGAGGGAUUAUGCUUUAAUUGCCCUGAGUGGCCUAGAGUAAUCAUGCUGCGUCACCGCAGGGAUUGUCCAAUGACGGGCCCUCUCUGUGCGUCUGAGCCAAUAAUAGUGAGCGCAUGUGGCAGUGAGGACCCGGGAUUUAACCAAUCCACUUAGCUGUUAUUUAAGAAUUGACGAAUCAAAGAGAAAGAUUCUGUUAGUGUUUCUCAGUUCUAGUGCCUGCCAUGUCUGGUUGCAAAGAAAAUGCACACGAGCACACACACACACACACACAGAAUCCCUUCACACACAUUGCAAAGCAAACGCACUCAACUAGUAACUCACAACACACAGCACUUGGUUGUGCAAGCACACCCACCCAGCCACACAAAAACACACACAGCUGGAAAAACAACAUCUCUGUUAUGUCACUCAUUCAAGGCCUGCACUCCCCCGCCCACACCCACCUCAUCAGACAGCAUGUGAAUGACAAGUGCCACCGACCCAGUCAGUCCCCAUUCUGUUGUCCACUUCACUCAGCGUACGUCUGAAAUGGCACCCCUUUAUAUUACCCUACUUUUCACAAGAGCCCUAUAGGCCCUGGUCAGAAGUAGUGCACUACAUAGGGAAUAGGGUACCACUUCAGACACGCCCACUUCCUGUCAGUUCUGUUCACUCAUCCACAGGGGGAACACAAUUUACCGGUGCCCCAGACACAAUGUAACACUGUCCAGAUCAAGCUCCUAGGAAAAGACUCAAGCUGUACCACAGUACAAGUUCUACCACCACACCUGAACCUUGACCUUAUCUCAGCUCUUCUGACCUCUGGGGAAGCCAAGCGUAGAGGGCACUGUGCCUCUGAUAGUCUGUCUGUCUUGCUCCAUCCCUCCAUCCUGACGUUUCUCCUUCCACUCCCUUAGGCCCCACCACCCUCAUGCAUACUCCUCUGCCCCCAUGGAGGUAGAGGGAAUACGAGGGCUCUCUUCUCUGCUAGGUAGUGUAUGAGAGUUCUCUGUUUUGAGGCAAGUGAGUGGGGUCUCCUCUGUAUGCAUGUCUGAAUGUGUGUGUGUGUGUGUUUCUGAGAGAUAUGUAGAUCUUUGAGUGUGUGGGUUUGUUGCUUCGCUUUGCCUGGGCUGGCUUUGUGCCUGUAUGUGUGCAUAUUGGAACGUUAGAUUCAGUGUCAUCACUGUAUUAAAAAAUUGUAUUCACAUGUUUGCAUGAGGCAAAAUGUAUGUGGCCAGGAGGUGGUGUAUUUUACAGUAGGUAUGUUAGAGGUGUGUGUGUGUGUGUGUGUGUGUGUGUGUGUGUGUGUGUGUGUGUGUGUGUGUGUGUGUGUGUGUGUGUGUGUGUGUGUGUGUGUGUGUGUGUGUGUGUGUGUGUGUGUGUGUGUGUGUGUGUGUGUGUGUUCAAAUGGACAGGGGUUCAUGUGACUUGUUUUUAGCAUGCUCUGGUUCCUAGCCCCACACUCCUUAUUUUACUGGUCCAGCUAGCCUAAUUCUCUGUGGGGCUCGGGAGGGUCUGUCUGUUCCUCAGUUUAAAUCCUCCUUUUCUUUCUCAGAUUGUAUAUCCAUUUUUUAAGAUAUAUUAAAGAGGAUAUAAUAAGGAAAAA